UAACGGAUCGGCGAGUCUCUCCGAAAUCUGGCCGUCCAUCUCUCUCUCCCUCUCUCGCUCGUUCGCGUCUCUUUCUCUCUGCUCAAACUUUUCUCUUCUCUCUCAUCAACAAUAUCGCAGAAAUCGAGAAACCCGACUGAAAAAGACCUGAUACAACAAAUAAUUCCAUUUAAUUUAGGGUUUUCCAAAUCUCUCUUCUUCUCUUCCCCUCCAAAUUCUGUUUCCCUCCAUAAAAGAUUUUGUUUGGGGGAAAUGGAUUUUUCGCGGGAAAAUACGAACAGUUUGUGAUUUUCAGCUCUUUCUACGCCUUCUUCGGUCAUUUUAGCUCUUGUAAGGUAGUUUUGUUCCCUUUGUUUCUGAUAUUGGAGGAAGAAGAGCUGUUGUUAGGAGGGGAGAGAAUUGUAUACAGAAGUCCACAAUUCAAGAGAGUGGAUUUGAGCACUUCAAUGCCGGGUCAUUUUUAUCUUGUUUGGAUUCAUCUUUAGUUGUAGAAUAGAAUCAAAUUGUGUUGCAAUUUCUAUUCGAAUUGUUUAGACUUUGAAUGCUCAUUGGUUUAUGGAUUCGGAGGCAGUUCCAGCUUCAUUGGAUUCGGUGAAAUACUGUAAUUGCCCGUGCAGUUGUUCGUUAUCUACUGGGCCAUUAACUACUUGGAUUCGAUCUGUAAAACGGAAGUAUGAUGAAUUGGAUUCAAAUAGCCCUUUCACUAUUGUUGGGUUGGAUAACUUUUCUGUUAUACGUGUACAAGUUGAGAAUGAAUGCAACGCGUUGCGGGAGAUGGUUAACAAUCAACAACAAGCAAUUCAGGACUUGUAUACUGAGCUUGAAGAGGAGAGGAAUGCUUCUUCAUCAGCUGCUAAUGAGGCUAUGUCAAUGAUAUUGAGGUUGCAAAGGGAGAAGGCGGAGAUCCAAAUGGAGGCUCGACAAUUCAAACGCUUUGCAGAAGAGAAGAUUGCACAUGAUCAACAAGAGCUUGCAUCAUUUGAGGACUUGUUAUAUAAAAGAGAGCAAGCUAUUCAGUCUCUCACUUGCGAGGUACAAGCAUAUAAACAUAGAAUGAUGAGCUAUGGGCUAACGGAAGAUGAGGCGGAUGGUGAGCGGGGUGAGCAAAGUUGUAGCCAGAAUAUUGUGGAAUAUGAGGCUCAGUGUGAAACUCCCAUGUAUGAUUACCCUCCUCUAAGAUGCAACUUAAACGAGGCUCAAGGUCCUUUGGACCAUGAUAACGAUAUUGCUGAUAUUGAGAAAUAUGCCUUUGGUGAAACCCCGCGCAAUCGAGAUCACGUAAUGAAUUUGGGAAAUAGGAUCAGCCAAUUGGAGAGAAGUUCUAGCUACAAUCAUCCGGAUGCGGAGUUCUUUGGUGGUACAAAGAACGUUUUAGAGAAGGUGAUUGUGGGGCAAUCUCCUAGGAGGCCUAGACAUUCCAGUAAGUUUUCCAAUGAUUCAAGUUUCUUCACAGGUAUGCCCCAAGUGAAUGAAUCUCCAAGACAUACAUCAAGCCUCAAGAAGGAACAUGUCUCGCAGAGUGAGGACUACUCUAAUUUGAGGAAAAUGGAUAAUGCAUCUGAAGUUGGUGAUGACACGAGUGAUAGAGUUUAUACCAUUGACUCUAUUCACAACGUAGCAACAUAUAACGGUUCUUACGAGUCCAAGCCAGCAGUUGGCAUUUAUGAAGACUAUAUAACGACCCCCAGAGGGUCACUGAAUCAUGUCGGUUUUGGAGAUCCUGAAGUCAAGAAACUUUAUUUGAGGCUUCAGGCACUUGAAGCUGACAGAGAAUCAAUGAGACAAGCACUUAUUUCAAUGCGAACCGAUAAGGCCCAACUGGUGUUACUGAAAGAAAUAGCUCAACAUCUAUAUAAGGGGAUGUCACCAGAGAGGCAAGUAGUCGUGAAGAAGCCAUCCAUUCCGGGGAGCUUUUCUUUCAUGGCAGUUUUUAAGUGGAUCGCAUCCUUCGUUUUCUGGAGAAGAAAAGCCCGUCGAAGCAAGUACUUGUUUGGUUUGUCAAACGGUGUUGGCUUGCUAAUGCUUCUCGAAAAGGGUACACACGCGAGGCAGUGGAGAUGUCUUUCUAGCACACAAGUUUAAAACCGCGCACCUGAUGUUCAUAUCCAAUCAAACCCGACAUCCCGUAUAUGUGUAUGUCAAGUGAAUACGAUUUCUCUUUUGGUUUUUCUUUUUCUGGAUUUGUUGUAGCGGCAGAAAAGGGUAGCGUGCGAGUUGUUCGUUUAUUUCGUUGUUUGUGGUUCGAUCGUGUUGCUGGUUGAUCUGUAAAGCACAUAUAUGAUAUAUAGGAAUGCUUUGUUCAUAGUGUUUCUACGAAUUCUUCUCGAGGAACCUAUCAUCUGAUAGCACUCGCCUGUAUAUUUCAGAUUGAACUUAGUCGAAUGCGAUGGCUGCCUUCUUUUCAACUUCUCA